GCUUCAGAAUCUUCAGUAUGCAGUGUUUGGUCUGGGGAACAGACAGUAUGAACAUUUUAAUAAGGUCGCCAAAGCAGUGGAUGAGAAUCUUGCUGAACAAGGUGCGAAGCGCCUAGUUCCAGUGGGCCUUGGAGAUGAUGAUCAAUGCAUUGAGGAUGACUUUACUGCAUGGAAGGAGCUGGUGUGGCCAGAGUUGGAUCAACUGCUUCGAGAUGAAGAUGAUGCACCAGGGGCAUCUAGCCAUUACACUGCUGCCAUACCAGAAUACCGGGUUGUGUUUCUUGACAGCACAGGUGCAUUACAUAUGGAGAGGAACUGGAGUCUUGCCAACGGCCAUGCUGUUCAUGACCUUCAACAUCCUUGCAGAGCUAAUGUGGCUGUGCGGCGGGAGCUACAUACACCAUCUUCGGAUCGUUCCUGCAUUCAUCUUGAGUUUGACAUUUCUGGAACUGGACUUGCGUAUGAAACUGGAGACCACGUUGGUGUUUUUUCCGAGAAUGUGGAGGAGGCUGAAAGGCUCUUAGGCUAUUCAUCAGGUACAUUCUUCUCCAUACAUGCAGACAAAAAGGAUGGCACACCAUUAAGUAGCAGCUCUCUAGCGCCUCCUUUCCCAUCUCCAUGCACUUUGAGAACAGCACUUGCUCGAUAUGCAGACCUUCUAAAUUCACCAAAAAAGGCUGCUUUAUCUGCUCUAGCUGCUUAUGCUUCUAAUCCAAGCGAAGCUGAACGAUUAAGAUAUCUAGCUUCUCCUGCAGGAAAGGAUGAAUAUUCUCAAUGGGUAGUUGCAAGUCAGAGGAGCCUUCUUGAAGUUAUGGCAGAAUUUCCUACAGCUAAGCCUCCUCUAGGUGUUUUCUUUGCAGCUAUAGCUCCUCGCUUGCAACCUCGAUAUUACUCUAUAUCAUCUUCUCCAAGGAUGGUACCUUCUAGAAUUCAUGUCACAUGUGCGUUAGUGCAUGGACCAACACCAACAGGAAGGGUUCACAAAGGAGUUUGUUCAACCUGGAUGAAGAAUUCAGUUCCAUUAGAAGACAGCCAAGAAUGUAGCUGGGCUCCUAUUUUUGUGAGACAAUCAAAUUUUAAAUUGCCUGCAGAUACCUCUGUACCAAUUAUCAUGAUUGGUCCUGGCACAGGUUUGGCACCCUUUAGGGGCUUCCUGCAGGAAAGGUUGGCAUUGAAAGAAUCUGGAGCUGAACUUGGCCCUGCUAUUCUCUUCUUUGGAUGCAGGAAUCGUGAAAUGGACUUCAUUUACGAGGAUGAGUUGAACAAUUUUGUAAAAGCAGGAGCACUGUCUGAGUUGAUUGUUGCCUUCUCUCGUCAAGGUCCAGCCAAAGAAUAUGUGCAGCACAAGAUGGCUGAAAAGGCUGUGGACAUUUGGGACAUCAUCUCCAAGGGUGGUUACAUAUAUGUCUGUGGUGAUGCUAAAGGCAUGGCUAAAGAUAUCCACCGAGAUCUUCACACCAUAGUUCAAGAGAAGGGUUCUCUGGAUAGCUCCAAGGCUGAGAGCAUGGUGAAAAAUCUGCAAAUGGAAGGGAGGUACUUGCGCGAUGUCUGGUGAGCUUCCCCUGAAAAAAGAAAGCGUUCCAGUGGAUUGCUUAAAGCUGUAGCACUCGGUUGCCUAAUACAGCAAUUUGAAACUCAGAAUGAGUUUCCAAUUUCACACAUCUGGAAGUGCGUGUCAUCUUUUUCCUUGAUUCUUUUGACCAUCUGACGACGAUUUUGCUGUGUUUUAUGUAUUCGUUGGAGAAGGAAUAAAGAGUGUAACUCUGUGUAGUUGAAAGAGUGGUCAGGUUGGUAUGUGGAAAACUUUCUGUGUCGGCCUUUAACAAUAUAUGAAUAAUGCCAUCAAUUUUACGAUGAGAUCA